AUGAGCUCCGAGCAAGAAAGCAAGCCGCUUGGCCAAGAAUUCACAAAGUCCGUCAUUGACGCCACGGGUCCCAACGCGGAUCCACGAAUGCGCGUCGUCAUGUCGGCUUUUAUUCAGCACUUUCACGACUUUGCGCGCGAAGUCAACCUUACCAUGGAUGAGUGGCUGGCUGGUAUCGACAUGAUCAACUGGGCGGGCCAGAUGAGCAACGACCGACGCAAUGAGGGCCAGCUACUGUGUGACGUACUCGGCUUCGAAUCUCUCAUCGAUGAUAUUACCGUUCGUGCAGCCACCAAAGCUGGAAAGCCUGCCACCUCCAGCGCCAUCCUCGGACCCUUUUGGCGAGCCGAUGCACCGAUUCGCGAAAAUGGCAGCACAAUCACGUUUGACACGCCGAGCGAUGGAGAAGUCACUUUUAUGCACGGCCAAAUCACCGACGCUGACACUGGCAAGCCCCUCGCCAAUGCCAAGGUUGAUGUCUGGCAGGCCUCCACCAACGGUCUUUACGAGCAGCAGGAUGAGAAGCAAGUCGAUCACAACCUCCGAGGCGUCUUCAUCACAGACGCAGAGGGGAAAUAUUCCUUUUACUGCCUGCGCCCAACACCAUAUCCAGUACCUAUGGACGGCCCUGCCGGCAACCUUUUGAAGCUUCUCGAUCGACACCAGUACAGGCCCGCGCACAUUCAUCUCAUUGUAACCGUAGAUGGAUAUAAACCUUUGACGACGCAGAUUUUCGACAGCAAGUCUGAAUACCUCACAAACGACAGCGUCUUUGCUGUCAAGGAUGGAUUGACGGUGGACUUUGUGCCGCGAAAGGACGACCCUGAGGCGGUGUGGGAUCUCGAGUACAAUGUAAAGCUUGCUGCUGCUGCCUAA